GCGCGAUGCAUGCUGGGAAAGGCCGUCAUUGACGGGCGGAGUCUCGCUCUCUCUUCCCGGGGGGAGGGGGGACUCAGACCGCUUGGCCCCCCGCGCGGGAAAUCCGUCCCGGAAGGGGGCGACUAGCGUCCGAGGAGGGGCGCAGCCAUCUUUGCUGGGGGCCACGCGCGGGGGCGAUGCCCAAAUCGUGCGCGGCGCUUCGGUGCAGCAACCGCUAUAGCAGCCGCCGCCGGCAGCAGCUCACCUUCCACAGGUUCCCAUUGAGCCGGCCCGAGCUGCUAGCGCGCUGGGUGGGGAACAUCGGCCGUGGCGAUUUCCAGCCCAGCUCGCACACGGUGCUCUGCUCGCAGCACUUCCAGCCGGACUGCUUCAGCGCCUUUGGCAACCGCACCAACCUCAAGCCCAACGCCGUGCCCACGCUCUUCACCUUCCCCCACACCGUCAGGCAAAUCAGGAAGGAGAAGAGCCCACUAUCUGAUGCUGAGGAUUCCAGAUUGCCUAAGGACUUUACAAGGACAGAGGAUGGAAGGAGAUUAGAUGUAGAAACUGUUCUGCAUCAAGAGCCCCAACCCAGUAGAACAGAGGAACCAACAGAAGAGCUGAGUGAGAGACUCUCACAAACAACAAGGGAAACUGACUGUGUAGGGAAAUCAGCAGAAGUGACUAUGAAGUGCAGCCAAGUGAAAGAUUGGAUUGUACAGCAUAAUCCUUCAGCAAGGAAUGGAUUCGUACAUUCCACAGCCACAGAAUCACAGAGUACAUGAGGUCCUCGUUGCAGUAUCUGUUUACAUAGUAAACAAGGAAAGAUGUCUGAAUGAAAAUGCAUUUAUUUAUAUCAAAGCUUCUCGGUCCCUGAGGGUAUGUUUACACAGCAGCUGGGAGGGCACCACCCACAGAGUGUCCAGUGGGUUUGUACUUGGGCAGCUAGCCCGUGCCACCCUCACACUGCCAUGGCCAGACUGCUAUUUUUAGCACACUAGCUGGAAGCACUCUCUCAGCUGCUGUGUAGACACAUCCUAGAAAGGAAGGAUGGCAGUUUCUGGAAUUCAUCUGCAAGGAGCUCUCUUUUAUUUUCUUUCUUCUCAUGUUUUACUAUUAUUAUUUCCAGUAGAAAUGACAAAUUUGCUAGGGCAGUGCUUUCCAAACCAAAACAUGCCAAGGACCCUGUGCCAAAGAACUCAUAAUCUAAAAAGAUUUUGUCAAGAUUGCUACUGAUGUGUUGCAAUGGCUCCUAUAUGUGAAAGCUUUAUAAUAGCUCAGACUGCAAACAGCAUCUACUUAUGAUAUCACAAUCACUUUUAUGGAAAACAGCUGAGAUAAUAAGAAAAAAUUGUGUCUUCACUGCAGAGUCAUGCAACAAGAGGAAACUCAGUGCAGGUGAAAGCUUUAUUCCCACACAAAUAUCCACCAGUAAUGUUCCACUUUUCCUUAGCUGGUAUUGCUAAUUAUUGCAAAGGAAAUGGCUUUUUGCAUAAGUGUAAUGUGCCUGGUUUUCAGGGGGUUUUCAGUGAAAUUCCCUCUUUAUAAUUUUCCUUUUAUGAAAAAUGUGGUGCUUUUUAAUUAAAUAAUUUUACAAGGAACGUGCUUUACAACAACAAAGAAAUAAUUUCCAUAAUGUGUCUUCCUGUAAAAUGUAAUCUGUCCCUGGGAAUCAUAAAGACUGAACUGGGAAGGCAGCCAGUUCUAUGAAUAAAGCGAGCAAGAGAGAGUGAAUCAGUGAUCAGCUAGUCAUAGAAGAAAAUCAAGAAACAAUCAAAUAGUGAGAGUAGGAAUGUAGUAAUCUGUGUGGCAAGCAUUGUCUUGCAAGGUCAGAGAGAGAAACUGGUGACAGAAGCCCUGAAAGACAGAAAAUCAAGCACCAAAUUACCCUAAACAUAAUACUCUGUUCCUCAAGGAAACAGUGCAAGGUCAUUAAAACUGGAUUAAUAAAAUCAGGAGGUUUGAUUUGGACCAGAAUGUGUUCUGCAGCACUUUGAAAUGGCUGCAGCGUUCAACUAUCAGAUUUAAGUAUAUUGAUUAAAAGGGAAUUAAAAUAAUCAAUACAUGAAACUACACUGGAACAAAUUAACCCAGCUGCAGAAUCUAUGUCUAAAAAAAGGCAAGAAAUAUAGAUUAAGCAUGCAAAUAAAAUAUCUUAUGAAUCUGUCUGACACACUGGUCAAACUGAACUCCAGCAUCACCUGUAUCCUACCAAGUUGAUCACCACACUUUUAUGUAGCCUGGUUGGGAAAACUCCCUUUUCACUAAAUUUUUCCAAUUUUGUUACCCACUGGUGGAGUGGUAGCUUUGGUGAAAGUACUACUGAAGACAAGGCUCCAAGCAGGGUUAGACGGCACCAAUGUUACAAUGUCACCAACCAUGCCAUUGCUAACACUGGUGGAAGCAACCAAGAGAUAUUUUAGAGCUAAAAGCUAAUGCAGAUACCAUUUCUUUGGAGGGUCUAAUUUAGUGCGUGUCUUUUCUGCUGUACCUCUCCUAAAAUGGUGGCGCAGGAAGAAAUGAGGUACUUUUCCACAAUGAUAUGGACAUAGUCACCAUGCAAUAUUCUGUAAUUUUCAGCUAUGUGACAGUUGGAGUGUUUUAUAUAUUAUUAAUGUAAGCCUUUUAGAACUAUUUUAUUAAUUUCUUUUUCUGUAAAAUUGCCCAUCAAAAUUUGUUUUGUUUAAGCCAAACUGAAGUGGGCAUCUGACUAGUAUCCGAGUCAGUUGCUGGCUAAUGCACUCAAGAAAAAGCUAAAUUUUGAUCCCAGUGGAGGCCUCCCCUCCCCCCCAAAGGCAAAGGUACUCUGCUUGUGAACCAGAAUUGUAAGCACAGAGAAGGAUGUAGUAUUCAUAAGAUGCAGUACUACAGAAUGGCAAAAGAAGGAGCAGUGAAAACAGAGAUGGCUUAAUUUUUAUUUAUUCAGACAUGUUAAUUAUACCCAGAGUAGUACCAGAGAAGAGAUUCUUCCCGCUCUUUCUUGCUUCUAUGCAUCUGAUGAAGUGAGCUGUAGCUCACGAAAGCUUAUGCUCAAAUAAAUUGGUUAGUCUCUAAGGUGCCACAAGUCCUCCUGUUCUUUUUGCGGAUACAGAAUAACACGGCUGCUACUCUGAAACCUGUUCCCUAGGGAGAACAUUCCUGCAAGUUGACGCAUGUGAAGAAAAAGGUGGCGGGAGCUGGUUGACCCUCAAAGUAUCUGUAUUCUCCGACACAGGCAAAUAAAGAGAUUUUCUUUCUCCAAGUGUGAAGUAUUUCCUCUCAAAUCAAGUAACUGACUUUCCAAACCCAUCAACACAUCUCAAAAAGCAAAAACAAAACUCAAAGCAAAUAACCCAACUUAAAAUCUGCCAAACUGCCUAUAUCUGGGAAUCGCUCAACAUUUCUGGUUAGAAAUGCUUUAUUUAGCUGGAACCAUUUUAUAGAACUAAUAAAACGUUAGAAUUUUUAAAAUAGCUUGCAUUCUUAUGAAAUGAUCACAGCUGUGCUACCUAAUUCCACGGGAACGCUGCCUAGAGACACAUUUCCAUAGAAUGCCAAUAAACAACUGGUGUAAACACCCAGAUGGCUAAUUUUAUCGGAGGACACAGAGGCUCAGGCUUACACUGCAGCUCUACUUUUUAUUGCUUACAACUACUGUGAAACACCCAGAAAAAAGUGUCAAAUUCCUAAAGUCACAGAGAAGCAUUAUAUGGCAAUAACCAACCCCCACUCCCUGUCUGUUCCCCACUUUCCUCAGAAUAUCCAUUUGCACCAAACCACCCUCAUUUGCAAUAAGGAUGUUGCCAAUUUCUUUAGCUUUAUCCAUUUUCUGGAAUCCAUUUUCUGGUUGGAAUGCCAUUGGUAACAGAUCAUUAAGGUUGGGUCAAAGGAGCCAAGAGGCCUGUUUUCAGUCACUGGCUGUCACUCCUGUUCUUUUGCACAGUUUGUUUCGAUUGCUGUGCCCUCUUCAUCUCAGCUCCUACUCAGAGUGUAUCUUUGGUCCCCACAUUCACGGUAAAAUAAACCCAGUUGCCUCCAGGCUCCUCUUAAGCCACACUGAGUUUCACUAAUCUGCCUCCUCAUUUUCCCAUAUUUCAGGUUGAGGCUAGAGAGAGAAGAUUGAGGUAAAAGAGCUACCUGGUCUCCAGAAGACUUGGUUUCUCCAAGGGAAAUACAAAAGAAGGGCAUCUCAAGUACAUUAGGGAUUCAUUUAAAACCAUUGUUUUGGCUUUGAGAUAUUUCCAGUGGUUUUUAAUAUAGAAGUUCUGAUUUUAUUAAGACCAUGAAGGGAAGAGUUCUUCCAUUUUACCCUUUGUGUAUUAGCAGAAAAGCUCCAGUAAAGACCAAAGCACAUGCAAGAAGAAAAAAAGAUUUCUUCUGAAGGCAGGGAGGAGGGGAAGAGAAGAACAGGAAAGUGAGCCUGUGGGGCAAGUGGCACAGAAACACAUUGCUCAGUGGACUGACAAUAAUUUGCAGGACUCCUAUAUAUUGCCUGUAUACAGCCACAAUUUUUUAUGAUUAAUUUUUAUUUGAUUUUCCAGUGAUAACAUAGGUGGCACAGAGAAAAAUUGCCACAAAAGAAAAAUUAAAUUACAUACUGUAAAACAGUUUUUGUCCCAUGGGAAUAAGCAGAGCAUAAACUGUUCUUCAACAAUAUGAGAUAUGCCGACAGAUAAAUUUUAGUAUUUAUAGAACAAUCCGUGUUUAGUUGUCCCUAUAUGGCAGAGGAAAAAGGAGAGAAAGCUACAUCCAGGGAGCUGAGGAAGGAACGGAAGCUGCAAUAUCAUUUCAGUUAAAGCCUCAAAGACACAGUUUAGCGCUAAUGUCCUUUCUGAGCGACAGACGAGACACACAUAUUUAUCACUGAGGCAGACUUAUCAGAUCAGAGUAGGUGGAGUGGGAAGCUACAUCAUCUGUUAAACUACACAAGACCAGAUCCUGGGUAGCCAAGUCUAAUGAUGGAUUAGAGAAAGAGAAAUGUAAAAACAAAUCAAAUUCUCCCUACACACGCCUAUAUUAAGAGAGAGGAAAUGACACCACAACAAGUGACAAGCACCUAGACUCAACCCCACACUCUGUCACCACUCUCACUCCCCUCCCUCUCAUUCAUGAAAUGUUAUCCACCAGAAAGAUCUAUAAAGGUGAAAAUCUUUGUUUGUGCUCUUCUUUUUUUAAAAUCAGACCCAUGCAAGUCUUUCAAUAUUCUCUUUGCUGGUAAAUUAUAUCUAAAUUACAUGAUCUCCACUCUAAUUACGCAAUAAGUCAGAGAGAGACCAGACAAUAAAGGACCGUUACCAAGCACCUUAUUGAUGGUAUAAAUAUUUUCUUCUCUUUUUAAAGAUUUAAAGAAAUAAAACGUUUAAUAAAA